UUCUAACCGCCUAACGCCGCCAUAUUCGGAAAGCGACGCCCAUCGUGCCACUUUGUCGCCGCCAAAAUUCAGCGCUCACUAUACUCCCAAUUUUCGAUAGGCGAAAUUAGGGUUUCCCCGGGGAAUCACAUUUCCAUUACCAUUAUCGACGCCCGUUGUCACUCCUAAGGUGCACAAGAAAGAGAACUGAGGACCACAAGAUGGGUAAAAGAGGAAGAGCAACAGUUGUAGUACUAGGAGAUAUUGGCCGUAGUCCGAGAAUGCAAUAUCAUGCUCUCUCACUUGCUAGUCAGGCAUCUCUCAAGGUAGAUAUUGUUGCUUACGGAGGUUCCGAUCCGCACCCUGCUGUUCUUAAGCAUCCUUCCAUUUGUAUUCACAAAAUGGCACAAUGGCCUAAGUUUACACAAAAUCUACCUUGGGUACUCCGUUAUUUUGUACUUUUGCUCAAGCCAAUAUUUCAAUUUCUUGUACUUCUCUGGCAUCUUUGUGUUAAAAUACCAGCUCCAGAUGUUUUCUUAGUCCAGAAUCCUCCAUCUGUACCGACUUUGGUGGCUGUUAAAUGGGCAAGCUGGAUAAGGCAUUCAGCUUUCAUAGUGGAUUGGCAUAAUUUUGGAUAUACUCUUCUAGGGUUGUCUCUUGGUAGAGGAAGCCGUUUUGUUGCAGCAUAUCGUUGGUUUGAGAAGCAUUAUGGACAGCUGGCAGAUGGCUCUCUGUGUGUAACAAAGGCCAUGCAACAUGAAUUGGCUCAAAACUGGGAAAUCACAGCCACUGUGCUGUAUGAUCAGCCUCCGGAUUUUUUUCAUCCUGCUUCUGUAGAAGAUAAACAUAAGCUGUUCCUUAAACUGGACAAAGAGUUCAGACACUUUGAGGGAGUUCGAGAUUGUAUCAGUCAUGGAAGUAGACAUAUGACAGAUGAGUCACAUGACAGUCUUUUCACAACCAUUUUCAAAACUGGUGUCAUUGAAAAGUCAACCAGGCCGGCACUUGUCGUUAGUAGUACAAGCUGGACACCAGAUGAAGAUUUUGAUAUCCUCCUGGAAGCAGCUGUCAUGUAUGACAGACGCGUUGCAGCAAUCUUAAAUGAGGAUGAUUCAAUAAAGAACGAGGCUAUUUGGGAUGCAAUGAAUGAUGGAAAACAAAUUAUGUAUCCUAGAUUGUUGUUUGUAAUUACAGGAAAAGGCCCCGAAAAAGAAAAAUACAUACAGAAAAUAAAGAACCUAAACCUUAAGCGUGUGGCUUUUAGAACAAUGUGGUUGGCAGCCGAAGAUUAUCCGUUGCUUCUUGGUUCAGCUGACCUGGGGGUUUGUCUGCAUACUUCCUCAUCUGGAUUGGAUCUUCCAAUGAAGGUUGUGGACAUGUUUGGUUGUGGCUUGCCGGUUUGUGCUGCAUCUUACUCAUGUAUUGAGGAACUUGUCAAAGUUGAAAUCAAUGGUCUUCUUUUCUCUUCAUCUUCAGAACUUGCAGAUCAGCUCUUAAUGCUUUUUAAGGGUUUUCCUAAUGAAUGCGAUGUGCUGUCGUCAUUGAGAAAUGGAGCUCUAGAAACAAGGUCUUCAGCAGCCUGGGCAACUGAGUGGGAGGAGCAUGCAAAACCCUUAGUAUUAGAGGUUAUUUCUCGGAACUCGACUUGAUCUUCAAUCUUCAUCUUAUUGUGCUCAUGAAACUAUAAGAUCUGCCAUUUUCUGCACUUCAGAAAAGCUUUAGAAUUCUGUCAAAAUUUGGUUAUGUAGUUAAUCCCCUUGUUCAUUUACUGGUCUAUCAAAAUAUGAACUCAUAAUGUAUCUGGAUUUCGUCCAUAUCGGCCAUUGUUAGGGCUGUUCAAAAAAAAUUCGACCCGUUUGAUCCGACCUGCUGACCCGCAACAUAAAUGGCGGGUCAAAUUCAUUGUAGUUUCAUGUUUUGAUAUGGAUUUAAUGGCCUUGGAAUCAAAGGCAUUCAUUCGGAUCAUCAGUUCGAUUACGUGUAAGGUGUUUUCGGUCAUGUCAAAAUUGAGUCUUGUAUUCACGUUGGUUUUUACAUUCUAAAUCUUUUACAAGUCGAGUUUGAUUGUAUAAGGUAUGGUAAAUAUUGGAUCAAUUGCUUAAAGGAUACUCUAUCAUUAUUCAAA